AUGACCGCAGCCGACGCCGCGUCAGCGCAAUGCGGCGGCGCCGCCGAAAGCACUGCUAUCGCCAACCCGAAUGUCGCGGCGGAGAAUGCGGCGGCGUUGCUAAUAAGCAGCUCUCCGAGCAAUCACGGAUUUUUACUACCCACAACAGGGCUCGAUCGCACGACCUUUCCGCAUUGGAUGCUCGGAUCUGCAACUGCCCCUCCAGCAGGCGAUCAUAGCGGCGGCGACGUUGUUCCCCCACCUGCAACUGCGGCGACACCGCUGGAUCCGGCGAUUGCCGCCAGCGGGGCCGCCGCCGCCGCAUUGCGGCUUGCGCCCUUCGCGUCCGCCAUGGACGCUCUCCGCGCGACGUCCCACCGCACGUGGGAGGCGGCGGCGGCGGCGGCUACUGCGGUGGAUUCGCCUUCAGCGGCGCAAGGUAGUUCCGCGCAACAAGGCGGACUUGACGGCGGAAGCAACAGCGCGCUGCUAGAUCUCGCACUGCAGGCCGCAAUGCGGCCUGUUUUUUCAGGAGCGCAGCCUUUCUUUUCUCCCCCAUUCCGCGCACCGCCUCCUAUGCUACCUAUAACGCAUUUUUCAAUGGCUCCGCCCAUCGGUACUAGCGGCUCCGCGGCACCUGCUACCCCUUCCGCCGCUGCUUUCGCCGCCGCCGCAGCGCCUGCCCCGGGGACGCAUCUACCGUUCUCUUCUCAGAUUUCGCGCCUGUCCGCGCAUCCUUGCGCAUCUCCGCCCCAGUUUUUCCCCGAUCCGCGCCUGUUUCUCACGCGGCCAACCCAACUGCAAGCCGCCGACACCGUCGGCGCAACCCCAGCCUCCGCCCUCGCCGCCUCCGCCACCGCGGGUGACCUGGGCGGUGCUGUUGCAGCGCACGCCGCCGCCACCGCCAUUGCAGAGGGGGAACUCCGCGCUGCAAGCUUGAUGGAUGAGGGGAAGCGGGAAGGGGGAGGGGUGGUGGCGGUAGGCGGCAAGGGGGAAUGGGGCGAGGGGUAUGAUUGUGUUGGGAGAGGUGGCGGUGACCUGGGCGGCAGGGAUGACGUGGACACAAUGAUGAAGGCCGAGAGUGAUGCUGACGUGGCGAGUGGUGACAACAGCGGUGGCGGUUGCAGUGAAGAUGAGGAAGACGAUGAGCAUGAAGGGGAUGAGGGGCAUGGGGGACAGGAGGGGCAGGAGAGGCAUGCGGGACAUGGGGGGCAUGGGGAGCAUGGGGGGAAUGGGGAGCAUGGAGGGAACGGUAGGGGGCAUGGGGGACACGAAGAAGAAGCAGGGGAAGAGGAGAAAGGGCAACUGCAGCAGCCGCGGCAAGAGAGACAAACGCAGAAUCAGCAGAAUGAGCAGAAUCAGCAGAAUCAGCGUGGGGCUCAAAGGCUUUCCCGCGGCUCCACUAGGGCGGCCAGUGGCCCUCACCAGUCAAGGAAGCGCAAGCCAGUGGUGCAUGCAGGGAGCCGCUCAGUGGUGGCUGAGGAUGGCUACUUCUGGCACAAGUACGGCCAGAAGACUGUCAUGGACCGUGCGGUUACCAGCCAAGGCCAGCAAGCGGGCAAUCUAGCUCCACCUCCUCUCACCCCCCCUCUGACGUCAUCAGCCCCUCCUCCUGCUCCAACCCCUCCCCCCGGCCUCUUCCCGCUGCCGCCCCUGCCCCAUGGGCCCAUCUCAGCCGUCCGUUCGGCCUCUGCUGCCCUCCUGCCCACCUCCUCCUCCUUCUCCCACCGCUCCCCAUCUGUCCGCCCUGCGUCCGUCCCUCACCUGCCCUCCUUCUCCUCCUUUUCCCACCAUUCCUCCGCACCCCCCAACCCCACCCUCGCUCCGCAACUGCCCUCCUCCUCUCAUCAUCCCUCCGCCCCCUCCGCCCCCUCUGCUCCCCAACUGCCCUCUUUCUCCUCCCUAUGGCUGCAAGCACAUGCCGCCACCCACACUUCUCCCCAUAACCCCAACGCUCCUUACAGUCACACCUCUGGUUACCACCAGCCUACCACUGGAAGCCCAGGGCAGGGGUUAAUUCCAUGGAAGAGCCCUACAGGGCACGCACGGGAGGGGAAGCACGAGAAUGAGGGCGAGGGGAGCCCUUCUGGCCGAGCGCCUUGCUUCCAGACGGCGGGAAUGAAGGGUGAAAUGACGCAAUCCGUGUUGGUGGAUUCACACUCCCUAGGGUCACAUCAUGUGACUUCGUCAGGAGUUUUUGCUGCUGCCGGUGCUGCUGCUGCUGCUGCUGCUGCUGCUGCUGCUGCUGCUGCUGCUGCUGCUGCUGCUGCUGCUGCUGCUGCUGCUGCUGCUGCUGCUGCUGCUGCUGCUGCUGCUGCUGCUGCUGCUGCUGCUGCUGCUGCUGCUGCUGCUGCUGCAGCCACUGCUGCCGGUGGUGCUGGCGGUGCUGGUGGUGUUGCUGCUGCUGGUGCUGCUGACACAUGUGGUUCCAGAGGGGACAUUACUCCGGACGUGAGUCAGCUCUUAAAGAGGAUACGGGUGGAGUGGAGCACCGGUAAGGGAGACAUAAGAACGGAGGAUGAGUCUCAGAGGACCAGGGCUCUUGCGCUUAGGGGCAGGAGGGCAGGAGCGGAAGGGGAAGCAGACAUGGGUAGUGAGCGAGCGGGUGAGAAGCGGGGCGAGACGGGGGGCGAGAGGGGGGUAGAGUGGAGUGGUGAGAGGGAGCAGGAGAAGAAGGCUGUGAGUACGGUGGGAAGCGGUGCUAGAAGGCAUUUAUUUCACGGUGGGGUUGGUUGCGGUGAGGAGGAUGGGAGACCGCUUGUGGACAGGCAGCAGCAACAACCGCAGCAGCAUCCGCAGCAGCAGCAGCAGAUGGUGGCAGAGGCGCGGACAACCGAACUACAGAUACGUCAGCAGGGGAUGCAGCAAGAACGGCAGCAGGAGGAGGAGGAAGUACAGCAACCAGGACAGCAGCGGGAGAUGAAGAAGCAGGAGCAGCAGCAGCAGCAGCAGCAGCAGCAGCCGGAGAAGAAAAAGCAGUGUGUUGAUCUGGAGCUCAGGCUCUGA